AUGCAUGCAUUGGACACUCCAUUGUUCCCAAACUGUCAGUGGGCGUCGAUGGUAGAAUACGAGAGCUACAACGUCGUCGGAGAUAAGUACCAUAGCAACGGCACGUUUCUUGAUUUUCCAGUACCGAAGACGUAUGAAGUGGUUCAUCAUCAGCCCAGCUUAGGGGUUUCUGUUCCGUCUGAGAGAAAUGGAACAGACAACGAUUCGGUCAUGAUCAAAAAGCUUAAUCACAAUGCUAAUGAGCGUAACCGUCGCAAGAAAAUCAGCUAUUUGUUCUCAUCUCUUAGUUCAUGUCUUCCUGGCUCUAAUGAGACGAAGAAGCUAAGUAUUCCUCGGACGGUUUCACGGAGCGUGCAGUACAUACCGGAGCUGCAAGAGCAAGUGAAGAAACUAAAACAUAAGAAGGAAGACCUCUUGGUGCGAGUAUUGGGUCAAAGAGAACGUCACGUUAAGCCGCAACCAAAGGUGGUUGCUAGUGAUGUCUCCACCGUUUUUGCAACUAUGCUUAGAGACAACGAAGUAAUGGUCCAAAUCUCGUCGUCCAAGAUUCAUAAUUUUUCAAUAUAUCAUGUGAUGAGUGGAUUAGAAGAAGAUGAGUUUGUUCUCGUCGAUGUUUCAUCUUCGAGUUCUCGGGGAGAACGACUCUUCUACACUUUGCAUCUUCAAGUGGACAAGAUUGAUCAUUACAAGCUAAUUUGCGAAGAGUUAAGUCAAAGGGUUUUGUACCUGUAUGAGAAAUGUGGAAACUCGUUUAAGUGAUAAUAUGUUUAUGUUCCGUUUUAACUGUGUCGUCCUUUUCAUUACAAUAAAUUUCACGUUUAUUAGUUUACAGGAAUACGCUAGUUGAUUUUGAUGUUUUAAUAAGAAAAUGAGAAAGUUAAAGUGUGUUUAGAAGAUUUGUCGGUGUGUGGACAGGACAAAAAAGCAAAAUAUCGGUGAGUAGUUGAAACUUAUUUAUUUAAUUGUUGGUCCUACCAUUUAAAGACUUAAUCACGAAUCAUUAAAUAAUGAGAAGCCGUUUGUCUGUCUAUCCAUCGAAC